CCGUCUAUAAUUAUAAAUUUCUCUAAAUAACCCGAUUGGAAUAGUUUUAAAAAAAUGCAUGUAAUAUCAUAUUGAAUUUUCGAACCGAAUAAAAGCUAUCAGGAAAAAAUACUAGUUAAUAAUGGAAGCAAUCCUUGUAGAAGAAAUCUUAUGUACAGUCUCAAUUUAAAAACUUAAUUGGUUUCAAUAUGUGGUAAUUUUUAGAUAUAACUCAAAAGUUAAAGAUUUAUUUACUUAUGAUAAUCGUCUUGUCUUGCUGAUUCUACCAUAAAAUAAAUUUGCGAAUAUUGUAACGAAAUAGUGCCACUCGUAUGGUGCAUAUAUCACGCGCCUGUGCGUGCGUAAGGUAUCGGUUGGUCGGCUGCUCGACACGGUGAAAUUGUUAAUAGAGCGCUCUGAUUUUCUACUCGUAAUGAGAAUGGAUGGUGGCCGUUUACCUACGACAUUUUCUGUCACUGGACAGAGUAUGUUUGAAAUGAACAAACCCUUCUGACAUUCAAGAAAUAAUUAUACACAUAUAGGGCAAAAACUAUAGAAUGAAGUUGAAGGAAGAGAAUGAGAAUAUAGGCUACAAAUGAUUCAGGCGCUAAUACCGAGCUACUACUCGCAACGGGCAGAAAUAGAGGCGGUGCGCGACGAUUGCGGCCUAGUCCGACCGUUGAGCUUAAGAGGUCAGGACGAGUACUGUUAUCACAGCGCAACACGAUUACCCGUAUUACUGCCCUGUAUAGUUGCCUCUCGUUCCGGAAUCACCAAGCUAGUGGUCACUACAGUACACGACGUCUGCUACAGCAAAGCCGAUCAACGGAGAACAUUUACAUCGCCAUCUAUCAGUUGUGCCAUCAACGUCAUCAUCAACACCCGACAGCAGCGUGAUCACAUGACUGCACUCGAUACGAUGUUCGACCGAUGUUGUUGGUUAGUAGUGUGUCUACUAGCGUUGGGAUAUCACCGCGCGGUUGAUGGCGCGCAAAUCCUGGCGCUGAUACCGUUUCCGGCCAAAAGCCACUGGAACGUGAUGGACGCCGUACUGCAGACGCUCGUGGGCCACGGACACAACGUGACGGCCAUAACGCCGUUCCUCAAGAAGGAACCGGUGGGCAACUACACGGAAGUGGACAUUUCGCACCUGAUGCCGUCAGGCAUGAGCGUGCCCUGGGACAAAGUCGUAGACGAAUCGUCGAAAGCCAACAACCUACCGUUCCUCUCCGGCCGCCACAAACUCACUUGCCGGAAACUGUUCGAGCACGAGCAGUUCUACCGAGUCAUCGAAUCCAACAAAUUCGACUUGUUCAUCACCGAGCUGCUGGCCUCGUCGUGCGACGCGUACGUGUCGUACCGCAUGGACGUGCCGCGGAUCGUCAUCACGUCCAGCCACGUGCACACGUGGUACCAUCACACGCUGGGCAGUCACAUGAACCCCUCGCACGUGGCCACGUUUCACGCGCCGUUCGCCGUGCCCGAGAGCUUCGCGCACCGGAUGGCCAACGCGUACGAUUAUCUGUUCGCCCACGCGGUGCUCAAAUGGGUGGACCGGCAAGCGACAGCCAUCGGCCGCAAGUACUUCGGGUCCAACGCGCCGAACGCCGACCGCCUGAUGCGGAACACGUCGCUGGUGUUCGUCAACGGCCAUCGCUCCGUCGACCUGGCCCGGCCGCUGCUGCCCAAUUUCGUAGACAUCGGAGGCGUGCACCUGGUGCAACCCAAACCGUUGGCCGACGAUAUCGAACAGUUUAUUAACGAUUCUCCAAACGGCGUUAUAUAUUUCACAUUCGGAUCUACGAUCAAAAUGGAUACUGCACCAAUACGUUUGCAAAAAUCGUUCGUAGAAGCAUUAAGUGAAUUUCCCCAAAGAGUUUUAUGGAAGUAUGAAAGUACAAUCAUAGGUGACUUACCAAAAAACGUAAUGAUAAGAAAAUGGUUUCCUCAAAGAGAUAUAUUAGAUCACAAGAAUGUGAAGCUAUUUAUAUCUCAUGGUGGUAUAUCCGGAAUAUAUGAAGCUAUCGAUAGUGGAGUCCCUGUACUUGGUAUUCCUCUGAUUUUUGAUCAACCACACAAUAUUGCCAAUUUAGUUCAUUGGGGUGCUGGUGAAAUGUUAGAUCAUCAAACGCUCACCAAAGAUAUUUUAGUGAAUGCUACUAAGCAUAUGAUAACUAACUAUUCUAAGUAUAAGUUCAACAUGAUGGAACUUUCAAGAAGAUUCAAGGAUCGACCGAAAACGCCAAAAGAAGAAAUAAUAUAUUGGACAGAAUAUGUCAUUAAACACAAAGGUGCUCAUCAUUUAAAAUCAGCUGCUCUCAAGCUAACUUGGUAUCAAUAUUUUAUAAUCGAUGUUUUAUUAUAUGUAUUAUCGGUUAUAUUACUUAUUUUCUAUGUAAUUUAUUGGUUAAAAAAAGCUAUCAAUAAUCAAAGAAGUUCCAAAAGAAUAUGCGAUUUAUCGGAAGUUCAAUGGUCGUAUAGACUUAAGUUUCAGCGUCUAGGCAUAAUUCAUGAUAAUAUUUUAACAAUAAAGGUUUUGCCAGAUUCAGUGCAUUAUAACGAUUCAUUUGAACAAAAAGGUAUUAAUUACACGGUAAAAACAAAAACUAAUACAUCAUUGUUGCAUCGCGUGAACGUGGUCGGUGCAUUUGAUCGUAUUAUAAUGAAAAUUACCGGAAAAGUAAUUAUUAUAAACAUAAUAUAUCUUUUAUCAACCGUUAUCCAUGGAGCACAAAUAUUUGCUGUCGUGCCGAUGGUCGGUACGAGUCAUUGGAACGUAAUGGAUGCUGUGCUACAAACACUCGUGUCUGCCGGUCAUAAUGUAACCGCUGUAACUUCGUAUGCGAAAAAAGAAAGAAUCGCCAACUAUACGCAGAUCAAUCCGCUGUCUCGGCAAGACUACACUUCAACAAUAUCGAUACCACAACCCUUUAAAAACUGCGCCGGGUUCAACGGUGUUGAGUAUCUAAUCAAGACGCAUCAGAAAACAUGUGAGACCAUUUACAAGUCUAAAGACUUUUGGACAGCGCUCAAGUCCAAUAAAUACGAUCUUUUCGUUACGCAGCUGUUGGGCUCCGGUUGCGAUGCGUACAUAGCGCACGAACUGCAAGUUCCAAUGAUCGCGAUCACCACUUCUGCCAUGCCCACGUGGUACGAUGGUUUGUUGGGCAAUCCAUUUAUUACGUCCAGCACUUCUACGAUAUAUGCUCCGACGGCAAGACCUAGAACUUUUUGGGACCGUUUGUUAAACAGUUACGAUUACGUCUACACGAACGUUCAGAGAAUGUGGUACGACCGUAACGCAACGAUCAUCGGAAGAACAUACUUUGGUAAGGACGUUCCGGACGCCGACAUGCUGAUGAAAAAAAUUUCACUCGUCUUCGUUAACAGUCAUUUUACUUUUGACUUGCCAAGACCGUGGUCACCGAAUUUAAUCGAAAUUGGAGGAAUACAUAUAACCCAUCCCAAAACAUUGCCGGAGGAAAUACAAAAUUUUAUGGAUGAUGCUCCAGAUGGAGUGAUAUAUUUUUCUUUUGGCUCUAUUGUGAAAAUGGAUUCGAUUCCAGCAAGACUACAAAAUGCCUUAAAAGAAGCAUUUUCUGAACUACCUCAGCGAAUUUUAUGGAGAUAUAACAGUGAUGUAAUGGAAAAUCAACCAAAGAACGUUAUGAUAAAAAAGUGGUUUCCACAACGAGACAUACUAGCUCAUCCGAAAUUGAAAUUAAUUAUCUACCAUGGUGGGUUGUCUAGUAUGAAUGAAGCAAUUGCCAAUAAAGUGCCUAUACUAGGCAUUCCAUUAUUCGCCGAUCAAUUCAGAAACAUAGCAAAUGCAGUUUAUUUAGGAAUGGGCUUAAGUCUGAAUCAUAAAACACUGGAUAAACAAUCAGUUCUGGUUGCCAUUAAAGAAAUAAUCAAUAACGAAAAGUACAAAAGAAAUGUUCAAAAGUUGUAUAAAUUAUUCAAAGAUCAGCCAAUGUCACCUAAACUAUUAGUCACUUAUUGGACGAAUUAUGUAAUUAAUCAUAAAGGAGCUAAACAUUUGAGAUCACCAGCAAUCGAUUUUUCUUGGUAUGAGUAUCAUCAAUUGGACAUUGUACUGUUCGUAUUAUCAAUAACAAUAAGCUUAUUAGUUAUGAUUCUGUAUGUUACAAUAGUGAUUAAAAAUAAUAUUACUAGAUUUGUACACGUAAAAAAAGUUAAAGCCAAGUAAAGUUUAAU